ACCCCCCUGGAGCGGCUGCCGGAUCUGUCCGGAUCUGUGCGGAUCCCGCCCAGACCCCCCUGGGGCGUCAAGAUGCUCUCUUUUGACCCCACUGGAAACCUAUCAGUCUUCGCUGUUAGGUAAAAACGAUCACAAGUGCGCUGCGCCGCUGGGGCGCGGUGCGGCGGCGGGGCCCCGCAGGCGCGAGCCGGCUGCAUCGCACGCGCCGUGGGCGGCAAACUGUGCCGCGGAUACUGAUCUGUGCGCCGCUCGCCCCGGCCGCGGUGCGCGAAGCGCCGUGAUCCUCGCACCGCCGCUGGUGACCUAGGCGUGCAUGGGGAGAGGCCGCAUUAGACGCCUACUGCCGCACGGUGGGCCGCCCACGAGUAGAAGGAUGAGGGGGAUGCCUCUCCGCUCGUUCCUCUCUCGACGCUGUUCUGCCUGUUUCCACCGCUGCAUGCCGCCGCUGGUGCGUCUACUACCAGGCUGAUGCUGCGCACGGCCCCGCCGAGCGACAGUAGGUCGGACAAGGCGACGAAGGCGAGGAGAAUCAUGAGAAGGAGGGGUCGAGGAUGCCAAGACCGACGCGAAGGAUGUCAAAGCGCCCGGAAAAGCUCCACACGGCGUGGUGGCACACGCACGCUUGCCAAAAGUGGCCAGGCGGGCACCUACAUCUUGUCCGCCACUCGCGCGUCGCCAUGCGGCCCGUGCGCCACGGGAACCGAGAGACUGCUGCACGUCGCACCUUCAGGCGCUGCUAGGCGACAACGAAUUGCAGAAACAUGAGCUUUCGGAAGUGCGCGCAGUUUUCAUGGGCCGGCACUAGACCCCCUGGCGGCGCCUCCCGCGCCGCCCCUGGCGCGCUCCGCGCGCCAGAGAUGGAGUCCUUCGCUGGUUCAAGGAAUCCGCGCGGACAUGCCGAAGUCGAUAUUGCUUGUUACCUCUCCGAGCUAGCGGGAUGUCCACGUGCGCCGCAGGGCGCGAGAGGCGGGGGUCGCUUCUGCCGCCAGGGUCACGCCUUGGCAACUUCCGACGUGCACGGCUUCCCCCUGGGCCAUAGGCGACCCGAGAAGCAGGAGGAGGAGGAGGAGGAGGAGGAGGAGGGAGGAAAAGGGAGGAGAUGGAGGAGGAGGAAGACGGGUCGCCUAAGCCCUUCGGAGAACUCUCCACUCCGACGUGCAGAACGCGUGCCCCCUUUCGCGGCAACGGCGGCGCCAGAGAAGCAACGCGACGGGGCCACCGCGUCCUGCGCUCGGGCAUGUCGGCACGACCGAGAAGACGCGCCUCUAGAGAGCACGUCAGCGCCACAUGGGGAGGCAGGGGCAGCAUGAGCACGACAGUGCAGCGCCUGCGCCAUCAGUCGGUCCCUCGUCAACGCAGCACUGGUCGCUAGUCAAUGCAACAUCUGCGCUCUCCGUGAAGUCCUGAGCGCGGGCGAUGCCGCUGCCGACACGCUAAGCCCGAACAUGCCAGUCAUAUUACGUGUUCCACACGCCUGUGAUGUCUCGCAUGACCACUACAGCGAGCGCAUAUCAUACACGAGUCCAAUCCGAGGCGGGGCGGUGAGUUCAGGCGACGAACAGCUGGGAACGAGCGGUUCAACAACAACUACAACACUGGCUGGAAACUGGUUGAGUCUUUCCGGCAGAAUCUGCGCAUUUACGGAAGAAUUCCAGCAGCACCUUGCUCCCAGCCUCCGACUGAUAGAAAUCCAAUACACAUCAUGAGCCUGCAGGUGAAUGCACCGUUCAUGGAUUACCACUCCGCACGUCGUAACUUGGAAAUCACCACCUUUAAAUUGAACCCUUCACUUCGGUUAUCCCCUAUUGUCUUGAAUGGGGGCGGCUGGUCGGUUCCAAUGCAAUGAAAUUCAUUAGCAGGCUUCUUGCGCAAGGUCUUCCCAAACUCUGCAAAAAUUUCAGCCGCAUCGACCUUAUGGUUGUCAAUUGGAUCAUUGAUUGGAUCGCAGAACAAGACUGGCACCUUCACAUCUUUCGCGUACAUCGUGGCGGAGAUGCGCUCGACAGAGAAAUUGACGUCUGGAUCAUUGGCCUUCAGCAGUCCCUGUUCGAUAUACUGCGCUUGCUUAGUGGCGAAGACCGGAUUCACUGCUGAUGCGUCAAGCUUCAUUGUGCCGAUCAUGUGCUUGAGCUGGAAAAGAUUAGUGGUGGCCCAUGCAAUGACAUUCUUGAACUUGUCUGGGUACAGCGAAUUCGCUUUCAAGAAAGACAGGCCUGAGGCACAAAACGGCAACAAGAAUACCUUGCAAUCCUUCAGGGUGUCGUGAUGAUUCACAAAGUCCAUGACACCAGCGGCAUCCCUAUACUCUCGGGAUGGAUAACCAGAAGGAAGCUUAUGAUCGGACUGCCCGUGGUUGCGCAGAUCGUAGGCGAGCACGUGAAAUCCGCCAUCGUGAAGAACCCUGUGCAGCUUGACAUAGUCGACGGCCUCCACUUUCAAAGCGCCACCCUUGAAGUGCUCGACACAUCCAGCCCUGUUCGCCUCGGACCACGACUGGUGGCCAACGAUGGCAAGCGUAUGGCAGGCCUUGCUUGCACACGGAAUGUACCAUGCCGAGAUUCGGACGCCAUCCAGUGCGGGGAACGUCACGUCUUCGAACUCCAUUCCAUAAUCUGCCGGCGUCUUGGCAAACGUGUGGGUUGUGCUCUUCUUGCCGUACCACGUCGCAUCCAUGACAGCGGAUACAGGGCCUGCGGGGUUUGCCAUCCCCAAUGUUUCACACUUCAAUUAACAAAUAAACAAGCCCAGCUCUGACGCUUGAGCAACAAGACGGUGGAGAUGCUUGAGCAAAGGGCU